AUGAUAAAAGGUUCCGGAGUUCGUGACAAAAUUUGGAUCGGAGUUCGUAAAGAUAAAAAGGCGGACUUCGUAAUAUAGAAAAGGCGGAGUUCGUAAGCAAAAAUAAGUGGAAGUUCGUAACCGGAAAAAUCAGACCUUCGUAUUACGGAGGUCUGAUUUUUUUCUGAAGGUCGUUACGAAUUCGUAACGAACCUUCGAAUGGAGACAGUUUUUACCUCUGGAUCUACUGCCUCAUUUUUUUCUCACUACAGUAAAUCGAACUCUGUUACGAACUCCCAUCUUUUUUCUAUCACGAACUCCGCCUCUUUUAUAUUGCGAAAUCCGCAAAUGUUUCCAUUACGAACUACCGACUAAUUCUAGAAACGAACUCCGAUUAGAUAGGUUAUCGUUGAAGGUUGAAGUUCGUCCCAAACUACCGAUAUUUUCAUUACGAAGUCGUGUUAAGUCCUUUACGAACUUCCGAUAGUUUUUGGUUACGAACUUCGACUAAACUGCUUUAAAUGCUUUAAUAUACAGUUCCGAACUCUGAAGGUGGAGAUUCGAAGCUCGGAUUCAUCGUGACGAAAUGAUAAUUUCCCCAUACAAGCACCUUCAUCGAACUUGAAAUAGUUUUCGAGUCUGCUUAAAACUGCUUGUUCAUUAUUACGCACAUUUUUAACUUUGCGGUAGUUCGAGUUACUACACUUAGAGUUAAUUAAAUGUUUAUCAUUAAUUUCUAGGUUAUUUGCAUAGAUAAAUUUUAUUUGAAGAAGUCCAAGCAUUACUGGCACAAUACUGUCAGCAAAUCGUCCAGAUAAAAGCAGAACUAUUAAAUCAUCUGUUUCUGCUGAUGAAAUAUAGUUGAUACAGUUUUCGACGUCUGUGAAACUCCUAACCAUUACCAGAUAUCCAUCUCCGAUAACACUACCUUCCUGAAUACUCGUUAAAUCUUCAUCACAAUCAAGUCGAUGCACUGUGUAUUUCAGUGGAAUGAUAUUCGGCAUAGUAUUCUUGAUAGAUUCGUUUGUUAAUAAUUCCACAAUUGUUGUACGUGUUUCAGUCAUAUCGGUAUCAUAUACUCGUCAUGUAAUAAUAUAGAAAAAUCUUUAGAAAUAUGGAAUUUGUCCUUAAACAGUUAAUAAGAAUGUGAGAAUAACAACAGCUGUUUUUAAACUUAUAUGAUUUUUACAAAUUGUGUACUUUGCAUUAAUUCGCUAUAGUAUUCUAAAACAUUGGACUUCUGUGCUGAUUAUGCCUUACGUCAGAUCAAUUCGAUAUUUACAACAUUAUAUGGCAACUGAUAUAAAAAUCUUAUCUCUUAGUAAGUACCAGAGACCGAAACGGGUCGGGUUCGGGUCAAUGUAAAAAAUAUUGAUUCAGGUCGUUUCGGAUCGGAUCAAAAGGAA